CAGCACUCAGAAGACAUCACCAGGCAGAGGCAGUGAGGGUAAGGCUUUCAUAGAAAGCCCCGUGAUGAAACACCAUAAAAACAGAGGGGACACAAGGGCGCCGAGCCCGCUCCACCUCCUUCAUCUCCUAGAGGUUAAAAGAGAGCAAGGACAAAGCCCCAGACGCUGGGACCUACUCUGCCUUCCAGAGAAGAUGAAGUUCUUCGUUCUCCUGCUCCUUCUGGCUCUUUCUCUGCUCCCUGGGACAAAGGCGGGGGAGAUCAUUGGGGGACAAGAAGCCAAGCCCCACUCUCGUCCUUACAUGGCUUAUCUUGAGAUCAUGAAUCGGGAUACUCGAAGUAGGUGCGGCGGCUUCCUCAUACGAGAGGACUUUGUGCUGACGGCUGCUCACUGUUCAGGGAGCUCAAUAAAUGUCACCUUGGGGGCCCACAACAUCAAAGAAAAGGAGGAGACCCAGCAGAUCAUCCCUGUGGCGAAGGCCAUUCCACACCCUGACUAUAAUCCCAAGGACUACUCCAAUGACCUCAUGCUCUUAAAGCUGAAGAGGAAGGCCAAGAGGACUAAGGCUGUGAGGCCCCUCAACCUACCCAGGCGCAAGGUCCAAGUGAAGCCAGGGGACAAGUGCUAUGUGGCUGGCUGGGGACAGCUGGCCCCAAAAGGCAACUUUGCAAACACACUACAGGAGGUGGAGCUGACUGUGCAGAGGGAUCAGGAGUGUGAGUCGUAUUUAAAAGGUUAUUACAACAAAGCCAUUGAGAUAUGUGCGGGGGACCCAAAGAUCAAGCGUGCUUCCUUUAAGGGGGACUCUGGAGGGCCUCUCGUGUGUAAAAAAGCGGCUGCAGGCAUUGUAUCCUUUGGACAUACUGACGGUUCAACACCAAGAGCCUUCACGAGAGUGUCAAGUUUCCUAUCAUGGAUAAAGAAAAUGAUGAAACGCAGCUAAGUACAGAGCAAAGCAGACCCCUCCCUGACUCGGCAUCUUCCCUAGUACAGAAACCAGCAACUCAAUAAAGUCUCUUGCUGAAUGGAAA